AGGGGGAGGAGGAGGAGGAGGAGGAGGAGGAGGGAGAGGAGGAGCCAGGGUGGCAACACCCUGGUCUCAAACACGCAAAGGCGUCGGCGAGAGCGCCAGCCUAAACACCUGAAGGCUUUCGGACCCUUUGCGGCUCAUUUUGCCACCGUGGCAUGCUUGGCCAGAGUCUCCACGCCUUCGGCGUCGAUGUUGACCCCUUCGCCGUCAGGCGUGCCGUGGCGCCAUUGGCCGCGGUAGGCCCAUCCAUCCGACCAGGUGAGGGUGCCCUCGCCGUGCUUCUCGUCCGAAAGGUGGUCGCCGUCGUACCUGGACCCGUCGGGCCACUCCAUGGUGCCCCUGCCGUGCAUGUGGCCGCCCAGCCACUGCCCGCGGCACUUCCUGCCGUCCAUGCGCGCGCAGACGCCGUCGCCGUGCAUCUUAUCGUCCACGAACUGCCCGCGGUGCUCGACCCCAGCGGUGUGCCCAGUGUGUAUUGCUCGCGGAUGGGCUCGACGGGCUUCGGCCUCUAGACGCCGACGCCGUGCUUGUUGCCCGUGCGGAACUCGUCAUCGUACUGGGACCCGCCCGCCCGCACAUCCCUGCCGCUGCCGUGCUACAAGCCGAAUGCCCAGUUGCCCUCGUAGUAGGCGCCGUCCUUGAGGGUGCACCUGCCAAGCUCGUGGGCGCUGUCGUUGCUCCACUGGCCCACGAAGGCGCAGCCCUGCUUGGAGGUGAACGCGCCGUGGCCGUGGGCGGAGCCGUUCACGAACGAACCCUCGCAGACUCCGCCGUCGCUCUUGGCCAUCCGUCCCUGGCCGUGCACGACGUCGCCCUUCCACUGGCCGGCGCACCUCGUGCCAAGGCGCACCUCUGUCUCUGGCCUCUCCACGAGCUCGCAGCCGUGCAGGUCCUUCCGGCGCGGGCGCGGGCUCGCCAGCGUGGGCUCGGCCGGGCAGACGACGGCCUCCUGCUCGCCGUGCGCCGCCGACGACGGCCUCCUGCUGGCCGUGCGCCUGGCAGACGCCGGCCUUCUGCUCCUGCUGCGCGCCGUCGGAACAGCACGGGGUCGAGCACCACAGCUGGUCGAAAGGCAUCUGCGCCGUCGGCGCCGCGGGGACCGCUGGCAACCCGGCGGCCCCAAGGCAGCUGUGGAGCGCCAGGCGGCCAGGCGGGAGCUCCUCCUUGAAGGCGUCGCCGCCGCCAGUGUGCCCUCCGGCCCGCCGAACAUGGCGUCCGGGCCGCGGUCUGCAGCUUGAGCCACAAUGGCU